CUUGUUUGAACAGACAGUUCUCAUUGGCCAGUACGUAGAAGUGGGAGAGGGACGGGAACAGGGUCCAAUCAGCGGCCGCUUUCCUGAGGCCGCCCCAAAAGGGAAGAGCCAGCCUUAGCACCCGCCGAGUUUAACCCUAAAGAGCCGGUGCUGCGCUUUCAGAGUAGUAUAGGGGGAUCAGAAGCUGCCACGUCUACUAAACCUGGGAGCCAUGAACUUGGCGGUGGCAGCAGUUCCUCGAAGCCUUUAAGCCACAUCCACUUAGCCGAAGCCGGCGAGGAUUUCAUGUAGCCAGGCAGCCUUCUCUUGAGCGACUCACUUUGGCUAGACGCCGGUGCUGCUGACCUGGCACCAUGACACCGGCCCUGUGGUCAGCCCUCCUGGCUGCCCUGCUGGCCCUGGGACGGGGCGCCCUGAUCCCGGAGCCCGAGGUGAAGAUCGAGGUGCUCCAGAAGCCUUUCAUCUGCCAUCGGAAGACCAAAGGCGGCGAUAUGAUGCUGGUGCACUAUGAAGGCUACUUGGAGCAGGACGGCUCCUUGUUCCAUUCCACCCACAAACACAACAAUGGGCAGCCUAUCUGGUUUACCCUUGGCAUCCUGGAGGCUCUCAAAGGCUGGGACCAAGGCCUGAAGGGCAUGUGCGUGGGGGAGAAGAGGAAGCUCACCAUCCCCCCAGCCCUGGGUUAUGGAAAAGAAGGCAAAGGUAAAAUUCCCCCUGAGAGUACACUAAUAUUUAACAUUGAUCUCCUGGAAAUUCGAAAUGGACCCAGAUCCCACGAGUCGUUCCAAGAAAUGGAUCUUAAUGAUGACUGGAAACUGUCUAAAAAGGAGGUGAAGAUCUAUUUGAAGAAGGAGUUUGAAAAGCAUGGGGCGGUGGUCAAUGAGAGCCAUCACGAUGGCUUGGUGGAGGACAUCUUUGACAAAGAAGACGAGGACAAAGACGGAUUCAUCUCCGCCAGGGAAUUCACCUACAAACACGAUGAGCUGUGAAGAAGCCCCCUUCGGUCUGGCACAGCACCUGGAAGGUCUCUAGUUUUUGAGCUGUAUUUUCUAUUAGUGUUGAUUCUGUCUGUUGAGUUAGUAUUUAUUUACAGGAAAGAAGUCAUUGUCUCCUGCAGUGUGUCUUUGAAUAUUAAAGAAGUCCUUUGAGUGA